GAGGAGUGGAAGGUGGAGCUUCCCAACGGAGAGGUUCAAGCCAAGAGAGUCCAGCUCCCCUUGAUCCUCGCGUGGGCCUUGUCCAUCCACAAGGCCCAGGGCCAGACCCUUGAGAGAGUAACCGUCAAUCUGGGACGGGUGUUUGAAAAGGGGCAAGCUUAUGUCGCACUCAGCCGUGCCACAAGCCAGGAGGGGCUGAGAGUCUUGGGCUUUGACAAGACCAAGGUCAUGGCCCAUCCCCGCGUCAUUAAUUUC